AUGUUUAAAUCGAAAUCAUUUCGUAUUAAUCAUGAAAUAGACAAAAAGCCGAAAGUACAUGACCAUUGCUAUGAGUCCAAACGAAUACGCUGGAUGAAAUUUUUGAUUAUACCAUUAAUCAUCGCUUUCUCAUUGCUUUUGGUGCUGAGUAAUGUGAAUUUCUCGGGCGAGUCAUAUGAGCACACUGUGACACCUUCCGGUGGAAGCCAUACAAGGGAAACAGAAACGCCAACGAAGGAAGUAGUAACCGUAUCUAACAUCAACCAAGGUAUAGCAAUGGAGGAAGCUGCACUUGAUAAUAUAAAACUUUAUGACGAAGAGGAGAAAAGGAGUGGCGCAGUGGACGUAGCAGUGCAGUACAUGAGUGGCGUUCAGCGGCAGCCACAUAAGGGCUUCCAAUGUACAGACAACAACACGUGUAGUUUCAAGAUGUCCACUUUAACAAUACGAUAUUGCACACUCGAUACGAUCGUCGAUAAUGCUUUUAACUACCAAACGCUGAAUAAAUUGACGAGUUUAACAUUUGUUGAUGUGCAAUUGAAAUCUUUGAACGCGCAAACGUUUCUUGGAUUGGAAACUGUGGAAAAUUUCCAACUGUUCAAUGUGCUCAAGCAGGUAACUCUGCCUUUGAACGCUAAUGUGUAUAAGAGACAGGACUUGAGCGGCACGAAGUUUAACGACACCCUUAACGGUAAUACAUUCGCUAAAUUAUUAGCUGUGCAAGAACUUCGGCUGGCCAAUUGCAGUUUGAGCAGAAUCGCCGAAAACGUAUUCACUGGCAUUAUGUCCACACUUAAAUCGCUCGAUUUGCGAUAUAAUCGUUUGCAGACGCUGGACGGUAAGUUCCUAUGUGCUGCUAUUUCCAAAGGAAUCAUCAUGGAAUUGGGGUGGAAUAUGUGGAGAUGCGAUUGUGACAAUAUGGAAACAAUUGAGUACAUGAAGCAAAUAGAAAAUAAUUCCGCGGCCAAUACCGUAUGUGCAACACCAACAGAUUUAGCAGGCACACAAGUUAGUUCGUCGCAAAUAAGCUGUUACAUCACGACCGUACCUACAACAAUCUUAACAACCACAGCAGCCACUACAACUACAACUACAACACCAACCACAACUAUUACGGUUGAAACCACAUUAGCAACAAAAGAGACUAGUGCAGACACUAUACCAACAUCUUCCACAAUUGCAAUCGACAGCACAAGUUUAAUGGCUUCAGACUCUACCACAAAUAUUGCGCCGACAACCGUAGAUGAUAAAACUGAGGAAAUUGCAGAAUCGAGUCCAGAAACUCUACCAACAACUUAUACAACUAUCAUCGACAACUCAACCUUAAUGACGUCAGCUACAACGGAAGGAACAGAUGUAAGUGAAAGCACUGAUAAAACUUUGGUCUCAACAAUAGUUACAACGAUUUCUCCAACAAAACCCAAAUAUACUACUAUCAGUACAUCUGCAGGAACAACUAGCGAGACUGUCACACCACCUUCAUCACCAAUGACGUCCACGACUGAAGACAACUCAUCUAAGGAAACAUCCAAACCCAUAUCGACAACAACAACGCCACAACUAACCGACACAACAAACGACAAUACAACCUUAACUUUUUUUACGGGAACAAUAACAAUACCAAUAGCAACUGAUGAUACUACGGAAGGAACAACAAAGGGAACUGUUAACCCCGAAAAUACAACGGAAAUUGUUAUCAAUACGACCCUGACCUGGAGCACCUUCGUUCCCACGACGAUUAUACCAUCAACAAAUUCUUGCUUUGGAAAUAAAGCGCCAAAGUAUUUACCUUGCAGCGAUAUCGUAGCCUUUAAGCUAUGUGACUAUGACGUCACUUUCAAUGUGGCCCCCAUAUCAUCGCGAAGUGUGCAAUUGCAAAUCGGUGGCGGUGCGAAUGAUUUACACAUAAUCUACUUUCGAGUGACGGACAACAGUAUAAGUGAGGAUGUGGAGAUCGAGAAUAAUAUCGAAAUCGUUAUAAAUAACUUAGUGCCGAAUGGAAGUUAUACCUUCUGUCUCAUACCGAAGAAUAAAAUGAGUACCUCACCAUUUAAUUGCCGUUCAGCGCACUUGCCGCAACUUGAAGCAUGGUUGGAGUAUAACGCUGUUGCGCUUUUUUGCACGAUCGCCAUACUCGUAACUGUUGUUUGCGCAGUUAUGGGGGUGACAGGAGUAUAUUUUCUACUGCGUUGGCGGCCAACUUUCUUGUAUGGCAAUAAACGUUUGCAUCGUAUUGCUUCGACCACGCACGAAGUGCUACUACUACCGAAACCGAUUCGCACAUCUGUAGACUCGAAAACAUACGCACUCAGUGAACUCUCCAAAAUGCAUUCAUCGGUCAGCGAUUCAUUGACACCGGAGAAUUACUUAAAUAUUAAUUCGUAUGAUUAUAUGCAGUACGUCAAAGAUAUCGAGUUGAAGAAACAACGAAGAGUGGCACAUAUUUCCACGAAUCAGCCUCCGAUACAUCGAGCCCCUGCAUUGCCACCAAAUGUUGUUGGCGCUGCAACGAAUAGCUACACCAGUGGUUAUAUACCAAUUCGACAUCCCUCACAGCUAUCGGCAGUAGUAAUGAAAGACGCGCAACAGCAGCAGAGGGGUGUACGUAGGGGUGCACCGACGAAUUUACCGCCAGAGCCAGUGGAUGUCGUGGAGAACGAAUAUGAAAGCUUGGAUUAUUAUCAGGAAAUUUAUUAA